AGUAUAAAUUCUCUUCGAGUCAGAGUGAGGUCUACGCGGACCGAAAAGUCACAACAUUCGUGAAAUGUUCGCGUAAAAGUGGAGAAUUUAAUAGAAACCGUGGAUUCGACCUCUACAAGAUUUCGGGAGGUGUCAAGCAAACUGGCGUUUUCCUAGCAAAGUCGGAUAACAAAUUUGGAUUGUGGAGUGGAAAUUAACGAUGGUCGCAUUCGCGUUUCGUCGGACUGUUUUGACGAACAUGGCGAUGACGCGUUUAAAUGUCGUUUGCUCCUUUCUGGCCCUGUUGGGAUUUUUAACAACGGUGGGAGCACAAGACAAUAAUCACUGCAUCUGGUACGGACAAUGUUACCAGGACAGUAUUCACAUGAAAAAUUGCCCCUAUACGGGGCCUGCGAAGCCCCUUGACAUGGAUGGACAGAAACUUUUGCAAAAGCACUGUCCGCACAUGAUGAAAGAUUCUUACGAAGGGUUAACAAACACAUGCUGCGACACGAAGCAAUUACAGACUCUAGAUACCAAUAUUAAUUUAGCAGCCAAUUUUCUCAAGAGGUGUCCCAGCUGCCUCGACAAUUUAGUGAAACACUUUUGUGAAUUUACCUGUAGCCCGCACCAAGCUACAUUCAUCAAAGUUACAGACGUCAAACAUGAUAGCGAAACAAAUACUUCGUAUGUAAAUGGAAUUGACGUUUAUAUAACUAACAAGUACUUGAAUGGUACGUUCAACUCGUGCAACAAAGUUUCCGUGCCAAGCACUGGCCAAUUAGCAUUAGACAUGAUGUGUGGUGAAUGGGGUGCCAGUAGAUGCAGCGCAAAGAGGUGGUAUGAUUAUAUGGGGGAUGCUGCGCACAACCUCUAUGUUCCCUUUCAAAUUACCUACAAGGCUGUGGAUCAAGAAGAAAAUGGCUUUCAGCCAUUGGAUCCCGAAAUUACUCCUUGCAACAAGGCUCUUAAUCCGGGAACUCCAGCCUGCAGUUGUGUGGAUUGCGAGGCAAGUUGUCCGGUGCCUCCCCCAGCGCCCCCUCUACCAAAACCGUUCACUGUCAUUGGCUAUGACGGCUACGCGGUUGUCAUGACAAUUAUUUUCAUCUGCGGAUCAACCCUUUUCCUCCUUUCGAUCUUUUGUUUCAGUAACAGGAAACAAAUUGUUGCACGAGGGGAGCAGGUGGGAAGGCAGGUGGGUAGACGUCUAGCCGCUGGGCUACAUCAUCCUGGAGAUGGUGCUCGUAUUGCUCUCGCCGCUGACCAAGAGGACAGCCCACUUCAAUCUAAACGUUCUAGCGUAAUAUCUGCUGAUGACUUGCCGAGCACCUCGGAAGUAGAUAAUUCGACUUUCCUCGAACGUCUUGGUGCUGGAACUGACAAAUUUCUACAGGAGUUCUUCUGCAGUUGGGGGACGGCAUGUGCCUCACGGCCAUGGUUCGUCCUCUUCUUCGGAUUCCUUUUUAUCGUGACUUUGGGUCAUGGAAUAAAGUACAUAGUAGUUACGACCGAUCCAGUGGAACUAUGGGCAUCACCCAAUUCGAGAUCUCGGGUCGAGCGUGAAUUUUUCGACAGCCAUUUCGAGCCUUUCUACAGAACCGAGCAGAUAAUCAUCACAUCUGUGGGAUUAUCUCCGAUUGUCCAUAAUACGUCCGACGGCCCGAUCGUUUUUGGUCCCGUAUUCAAUGAAGAAUUUUUGCUGACCAUUUUGGAACUGCAAGAACAAAUAAAAAAAAUCAGAAUCUCGGGUGAUCGAACUCUGGCCAAUAUUUGCUUCGCUCCUUUGGCGAGUCCCGAUUCUGAGACGACCGUUAACCAAUGUACGAUCCAGAGCAUCUGGGGAUACUGGCAAGACGAUGUGGACAAUUUCAACUCUGCGAGUCUGGACACGAACAAUUUCACGGUCAAUUAUCUGGAUAGUUUCAAAGCUUGCACACAGAAUCCCUACCUGCCGGAUUGCCUAGCUCCGUAUGGCGGACCUGUGGAACCAGCGAUUGCCGUUGGUGGAUUUUUGAAACGCGGUGAGAAUCUUCACGAUCCACCUUAUGAGAAGGCAACCGCUAUCAUCCUGACCUUCCUCGUCAACAAUUACCACAACAAAACUAAACUUCAGCCAGCGAUGGAGUGGGAAGAGAAGUAUGUUGAAUUUAUGAAAAAUUGGACAGCGACAAAGAAACCGGCUUAUAUGGACGUCGCCUUCACUUCCGAGCGUUCGAUCGAGGACGAAUUGAAUCGAGAAUCUCAGUCCGAUGUUCUCACGAUUCUCGUCUCAUAUCUCAUCAUGUUUGCCUACAUUGCAGUCUCUCUCGGUCAAAUUCGAAACUGCAGUCGACUUUUGUACGAUUCUAAAAUCACGCUUGGAUUGGGUGGAGUGAUAAUCGUCCUGGCUUCAGUGAUUUGCUCAGUUGGACUUUUUGGUUUCAUUGGAGUGCCUGCGACCUUGAUCAUCAUCGAGGUAAUUCCCUUCCUGGUGUUGGCAGUCGGUGUCGACAAUAUUUUCAUCCUCGUGCAAACAAGCCAGCGGGAAGGAAGAAGACCAAACGAGUCGAUUCCUGAACACAUUGGUCGUACCCUCGGCCAGGUGGGACCCAGCAUGUUGCUCACCAGUGUCUCGGAAAGUUGCUGCUUCUUCCUUGGAAGUCUUUCAGAUAUGCCAGCUGUUAAAGCUUUUGCUUUGUAUGCCGGAAUGGCACUUCUAGUUGACUUUUUACUCCAGAUCACGUGCUUCGUCAGUCUCUUGGCUCUGGACACUGUCCGACAAAAUAAUAACAGAUUGGACGUAUGUUGCUUUAUCCGGGGCUCGAAGAAAGACAACGGCGAGGAAGUGGUUGACGGACUCUUGUACAAAAUUUUCAAGGUAGCUUAUGUCCCUCUUCUGAUGAAAAAAUGGGUGCGUGCUAGUGUGAUGGUUAUUUUUUUCGGAUGGCUUUGCGCCAGUGUUGCUGUCGUGCCUCACAUCGAAAUCGGACUGGAUCAAGAACUCUCGAUGCCUGAGGACAGCUUUGUACUGAAAUACUUCCAAUAUCUGAACAGCUACUUGUCGAUCGGACCACCAAUGUACUUUGUCGUGAAGGGCGGCUUGAAUUAUUCCGAUACAAGAGCGCAAAAUUUGGUGUGCAGUGGGCAGUAUUGUAAUCAGGAUUCCGUGACUACCCAAAUUUUUGUCGCUUCGCAACAACCAAACAGAAGUUAUAUCGCAAAACCAGCUUCCUCGUGGUUGGAUGACUACCUUGACUGGUCGAUUUUACCCGGUUGUUGCAAAAUCUCUGAGACGGGAUCCUUCUGCCCUCACACCAAUGGAAAUAAGUACAAUCGACCUGAAGCCGAAGAUUUCGAGAAAUACAUCUCCUUCUUCCUGCAGGACAAUCCCGACGUAGAUUGUGCGAAAGGUGGUCACGCUGCUUACGGGCACGCGGUGAAUUACAAGACAAAUCCAAAAACGCAUCAAUCUCAGGUCGACGCGACCUACUUCAUGGCCUAUCAUUCGAUUUUGAAAACCUCGGCGGAUUAUUACGAGUCGAUGAGAGCUGCCCGAAAUAUAUCGGCGAAUAUUGAACAAAUGCUGAACAGGAAUCUACGAAAUUGGAAUCAGACGGCCACUGUUCAAGUUUUCCCCUACAGUGUCUUCUACGUAUUUUAUGAACAGUAUUUAACAAUGUGGUCGGACACUCUGAAGAGUAUUGCCAUCUCGCUUUUUGCGAUAUUCAUUGUCACGUUUCUGUUGAUGGGACUUGAUAUCUUCUCCUCGAUUGUUGUCAUCAUCACGAUCGCGAUGAUUGUCGUGAACAUUGGAGGACUGAUGUACUGGUGGCACAUUACGCUCAAUGCUGUGUCUCUAGUUAAUUUAGUUAUGGCGGUGGGUAUCGCCGUCGAAUUUUGUAGUCAUUUAGUACAUUCCUUCUCAGUGUCAGUGCAACCGACGAGAGUGGAGAGAGUUGCGGACUCUUUAACGAACAUGGGAAGUUCCGUAUUCAGUGGAAUUACACUCACGAAAUUCGGAGGUAUCAUUGUUCUUGGCUUCGCCAAGAGCCAAAUAUUUAAGGUAUUCUACUUUAGAAUGUAUUUAGGAAUCGUGCUGUUUGGAGCAGCACAUGGACUAAUAUUCCUACCCGUCCUACUUAGUUAUAUUGGCUCGCCGAUGAAUCGGGAGAAGCUGGCCAAUCACAAGAGAGCCAUGCGAGGAAAUCUGGACAGCGUACAAGAAACUUCCCUGAACCAACGUGUAAGCAAACCCAAAUCUCCCUCAACUAUCGUUAUUCCCACUUUUCGGGUUAUCGAUUUGGAUAGAUGAUAGACAAUUUGUUUUAGUGAUUCCUGAUUGAUCAUUAAUAAUUAAUCAUUUGUAAUUAAUCAUUAAUGAUUAAUCAUUCGCGAGCACUCUGCAGCCUGUGAAGAGUCUAAGUAGCGCAAAACGUCGCCAUUUUGUUUGUAAUCAAAAGUCCUGGAGACACGAUGACUGAGUUCUGUACUGCGUAAGAGUGCACGAUCUUAUUUUCUCGCCUUAGUUUUAUUUUCGCUUAUUUUUCUUCUUUUUUUUUCUUUCUGUCAGAGUCGUAAAAAAAAGUUAUGUUUAAAAGGGAAAUUAGGACAUUUGUAUUAUUGGGAUUUUAAUUUGCAAACUUGAAAUUGGGGAUCGCUUCUUUUUUUUCUGUCAAACUAAGAAAUCCGAAUUUAUAUUUUAUAUUUUUGUAAUUGUGACACUAAGACUGACAAACAGCUACUCAAUGAUUUAUUAUAAGUAAUUUUAGAAGAUGCACAAUGUUGUGGAUAAAUGUGUUCGUCAAAUGCUUGUAUAUUUUUAAUUUUGUAUUUUUUUGUGUACCAGAGCUUAUGUUAUGCUUCCUACUUGGAGAAAAGUAUACGAUUUUUCAAUAAUAAAAAGAGAUUUUCAACAC